GAUGCUAAAAGCGUAAAAACAACCGUUCUGUCACUACUACUACUACUUGUUCUUCUUUACAGCGGUUUUCACUAAGCACACACACAGUUGGCCGGAAAUCGGCAUUUAUCUCCGGCGGCAGAUCGAUCAGAUCAUCGUUGUUUUUCUAAGUGUAUUAUAAAUUUGAUAAAUAUAAUAAAUUAAUAAUAAUAAUAAUAAUGUUUGUUAAAAAGCUAGUGGAAAAGGCUUCCUUGAAGAAGCCUGGAGGGAAUCCAGAUUGUUUGAAGUCUGACGAAUUAAACCCACGCCCUAUUUUCCAUCACGGAGUUCCAUCAGGAUGUAACUUGUUGGCUCAUGACCCCAUUCAGAAGAUUCUCGCUAUAUCAAGCAUAGAUGGGCGGAUUAAGUUAUUUGGACAAGAUAACACUCAGGCUGUACUGGAAUCUCCCGAGGCAAUACCAAGCAAAUUUCUGCAGUUCAUUCAUAACGAACAGUUUCUUAUAAACAUAAAUGAGAAGAAUCAUAUUGAGGUUUGGGAUAUAGAGAUGAAGUCGUUAGCUCAUGUACAUAUAUUUAAGGAAGAAAUUACAUCUUUUACGAUCCUUCAACGUACCUUUUACAUGUAUGUUGGAGACUCAUUUGGUAAUGUUUCGGUUCUGAAAUUUGACAAAGAAACAUGUAGUAUAGUACAAAUGAAAUACCGAAUUCCGUUUUCUGCAUCUCAUGGUAAUGCAACAGAGGAAAUCAGCGAUGCUGCUGUUAUGUAUAUACUGCCUCAACCAGAAGCUACAAGUAAAAGGAUUCUUAUAAUUUAUAAAAACGGAUUCAUUGCAUUAUGGUCAAUUCAAGAUAGCAAAACCAUCUUUACUACCGGAGGAACUCUAAUUCACUCGCUUAAUCAUGAUACAAAAAAAGUGUCUGCUGCAUGCUGGGCUUGUCCCCUAGGAAGUAAAGUAGUUAUUGGGUACAGCAAUGGAGAACUUCUAGGAUGGAGUGUCCCUCACUCUAUAGAAUCAAAAACUGAAUCUGCAACUGAUAAUGGGUUAGGCGGUAUACAAAGUGGUCCUCUAUUUAAAUUAAAUCUUGGGUAUAAGCUGGACAAAGUUCCCAUAGCCCGAUUGAGAUGGGCUUAUGCUGAUGGGAAGGCAAGUCGACUCUAUGUUCUUGGUGCUUCUGAUUUCUCAUCUCCAAACUUGUUGCAGGUUAUUAUUAUCAAUGAACAGAUCGAAUCUCGCACUACUAAACUGGGAAUUCCUUCACCUGAGCCGUGCAUUGACAUGGAAAUUGUUUCAUCAAACAUUGAACACGGCAAACAUAAAGAGGACUGCUUUCUUGUGGUUGGCAAGUCUGGCCAUGUUUAUAUAUAUGAUGAUUUCUUGAUUGAAAAAUAUUUAGUUCAGUCCCAAUCCAGGUCUCCACCAUCACUUCCAAAAGAGGUAAAAGUGAGACUACCGUUUGUUGACCCAUGCAUCACUGUAGCAAAGUUUAUCACUGAUAAUCCAUGCAUGUUAUCUUCUGCUGAUGAGGAGUACAGAUUGAUGUCAAAAAAGAUACCUUCACUGUUUUCGUUAGAGGCUAAGCAAAAAGAUGGAUCUUCAACAACCGGUUUUAGCAGUUUCUCAAAUUUUAAAAACAUUUAUAUAACAGGACACAGCAAUGGAGCUAUCAACUUUUGGGAUGCAUCAUCUCCACUUUUGAUUCCAAUCGUAUCAAUUAAUCAACAGAGUGAGGAUGAUCAGUCUUUAAGUGGGAUACCCUUGACUGCGUUGUGCUAUGAUAUGGAAUCACGUCUCCUCUUAUCUGGAGAUCAAAGUGGAACAGUUAGAAUUAUCAAGUUUAAGCCUGAACCAUAUGCCACAGACGGCGGCUUUUUGUCCUUACAAGGAAGUUCAAAGAAAGGAAGCAAUAUCAUUCAAAAUGUUAAACUUGUGAAGGUUAAUGGAGCAGUGCUUUCAGUAGUUGCAAGCCAUGACUCUAAACAUAUUGCUGUUGGGUCAGAUAAAGGAUAUGUUUCAGUAAUUUAUACCGGGGGACCAACCGUGUUGUACGAGAAACAUAUAGCAAGUGAAUUGUCUACAGCUAUCAUCUCUCUGCAGUUUGGAAUGUGCAGCUUGCAUGGGUUUGAGAAGAGUGUCUUAGUGGUGGCAACAAAGGAUUCAUCAGCUUGGGCACUUGAAAGUGAAACCGGGAAUAUUCUCAAUACUGCAGCAGUCCAUCCAAAAAAACCUUCUAAAGCUUUACUCAUCCACAUGUUGGAUGACCAAAGGGUAUCUGGCAGAGGAUCUAUUGGAUCCAGGAGUGGCAAUUCCUUUGAUGAUGGCAUUGUUAAGGAUCUAUUGCUGCUAUGUUCUGAGAAAGCUGCUUACAUAUAUUCACUUCCCCAUGUGGUUCAGGGUGUGAAGAAGGUUUGCUACAAAAAGAAGUUCAAUUCAUCACUUUGUUGCUGGGCUUCAACAUGUUGUGCAGAUACUGGCCUUAUACUUGUCUUUACUAAUGGGAAGAUUGAAAUUAGAUCCCUUCCAGAAUUAUCUCUUUUGAAGGCAACAUCAAUAAGAGGCCUUGCACUUUCGAUAUCAACACCAAAUUCCUUACCUGAUAGCUCAGUUUGUGCUUCACAAAAUGGUGAUAUCAUCGUGGUAAAUGGUGAUCAAGAAGUAUUUAUUGUUUCUGUUUUACUCCAAAGGGAAAUCUUCAGGCAUUUGGACUCGGCUACCCAAGUUUAUAAUAAAAAUCUGAUAUUUCCACUAGGAAUUCAGCCUGAUCAUGUUAUCCACAAAGAAAAGAAAAAGGGAAUCUUUAGCUCUAUGAUCAAAGGAAGCAAAGCAAAACAAGAGCCGGAACUAGAAUUAGAGUCUUCAAGAGAAAGCUUCGAAGAACUGUCCACAUUAUUUUCAGUGGCUAACUUUCCAUUGGAGAGUGAAACCCGAGAAAUUUCCCCUACAAAUGAAGAUGAGGUUGAAUUGGAUAUAGAUGAUAUCGACAUUGAUGGUCUAGAGGAGAAACCCAAAGGCAAUACUAUGAUGGCAGCACUUAACAAACAGAAACUUACGAGUAAAUUUAAUGCAUUUAAAGGUAAAUUGAAAGAGAUGAAUGGCAAAAAGGAGAAGGUGCAAGUGAAGGAAGAACCAAGAGAUGAGAAGACUGGUUCUGUAGAUCAAAUUAAAAAAAAAUAUGGAUUUAGCUUGACUGGCGAAACAAGUGCAGCUAAAAUGGCACAAAACAAGCUGGGUGAAAACAUAAGAAAGCUGAAGGGAAUCAACUUGAAAACAGCAGAAAUGCAAGACAAUGCACACACAUUCUCUUCGAUGGCAAAAGAGGUGCUGCGAACUGCUGAAAAGUGAACAUGACCGCCGAACCUCAUGAUAUAUCCUCGUGCAGGUCUUUUUUUAGAGUGUUUUUUUUUUUUAAGGAUUAUCAUAGAUAUUGUUUUGGAUCACAUACAAUGUAUAGCGAGAUCACAGUAAUUUCCUUUUUUAAGGAUUAUUUUCACUGUAAAAACUCAGUGUAUGUACAUGAUAGCAUUAUCAUAGCAUGAUGUAGAUUUCUUACAAAAAUUGCUACUUGUAUUGAAAUAACAUAUAAGUUCUUAAAAAAAUUUCGAAGGAA